GUGACGUCACCGGCUCCUUCCAUGAACCAAAACAUGGCGGCUGCCAUGGAGCUGAGAUGCUGGGGAGCAGACUGGGGUUUGCCUUCUGUCCACACCGAGUCCCUCAUAGUUCUGGCAUACGCCAAGUUUUCUGGGGCAAAGGUGACAGUUUCUCCUAUAGACUGGACAUGGAAAACUCUAACAGCGACAGUCCCAGAGUUGCUGUGCGGAGACUCUGCAGUUCAAGAACCGGCACAGAUUCUCAACUUUCUGAGGAAACAGAGGUUCAAUGCAGAUUAUGAGCUGACAGCCAGACAAGGAGCAGACACCAUGGCGUACAUCGCUCUGAUUGAAGAGAAACUACGACCGGCUCUGUUGCACACUUUCUGGGUGGAUGCAGAGAACUACGCCAAUCUGACACGGCCAUGGUUCGCUUCACGCUCGCCGUUCCCUCUUAACUUCCUCGUCCCUUGUCGCCAUGCCAGCACCGCCCUCUCCCGCAUCCUUCUGACCAAAGGAGAGGCACCGCUGCACAGAAUCACAGAGGUGGAGGGAAAGAUCUACAGUGAUGCUAAAGAGUGCCUGAAUCUCCUCUCCUACAGACUGGCAACUUCAAACUACUUCUUUGGCAACUCGCCGACCAGUCUGGACGCCUUUGUGUUUGGGUUUGUGGCUCCAAUCUACAAAGCCGGCCUCCCCAGUAGCCCUCUGCAGAGCCACCUCAGACAGCUGGAUAACCUCACCAGCUUCUGUGACAACAUCCUCGCAGUCUACUUCAGCUCGGACCACCCUUGUCCUCCCCUACCUGUUCAGGAAACAAUGGAUGCCAACCUCCAGAAACUAACUCAGCUUGUAAACAAAGAGUCCAACUUGAUAGAGAAGAUGGAUGACAACCUUCGCAGCAGCCCUCAGCACAAACCCCACAGACCAGAGCCCAAACCCAGUCUGGCCAGCGAGAAGAGCUCUACUCCUGCCUAAGCCCUGACCUGUCCACCCCGAUCCAGCCUUAUGAACGGAGGAACAACAGCCUGUUGAUGAAAGGUGCAGCUCUGAAUCUGACUCAGCAUCCUAAAAUUUAAGAAAAAAUAGUCAUCCAGCUGAACUAUAGUUUGAAUGGAAAGUAACCUAGUAAUUAACGGACGUAUGACUAAAUAAUUAUUAAAGAGACUAUUUUACAGAAGUAUAAUGAUGAUAGAAUUCAAAGAUGUUGGUCUGAAAUAGUGGAAAGUGCAUGUGUGAGGAUUUUAAAAGGUUUAGUGCAUGUAUGUGGUUAAGGAUGGAAUGCUAUGAAGCGGUGUUUGAUGAGAAAGACACAGAAAGUUCAGAGGAAAGACGAAGAAAAUUAAAAGUCCAGCAGGGAAAAGAAGUGGCACUGUUUGACCUCCGAGUGGACCACUUAACCUCUUCUUCCUUUUGUUUGCUGUAUGUAUAUUCUGUUUGAAAUUUUUGAUUUUUCAUUGCACUACAGUCAAUACACCGUAGAAAAUGUGUGAAAUGUCCUCACUAGGGCUGUACUGAAUAUCUUUCUUUGUUUUUUUCUUAAAAUUCAAAGCAUGACUGCAGGAUUGAGGUUUUGAUUAAGCUUUGAAUGUCUUUUUUGUUUUACAUUAUCAGCCUAAAAAAGAAAAAAAUCCUCAAUUUGAACAAAGUGUAUCAACCUGGGAAGAGUGACAUAGCGAUUAAACUGUGGAAUUACUACUUCCAGGUCCAUCGUGCCCAAAAUUACUUUAAUAGCCCAUUAUAAACUUUCACUGUGAAAGAAAAGUCUGUAAAUAAGUGCAUUUUUUUGAGCGCCAUAACCCUUAAAAUGAAUUAUUUCAGAAUUUGAUCCAUUCAGUCCAAUAACAUUUGGAAAGUCUAUUGCACCCCUAAAUCGGAAGUUCGUUAGCUCAGCUGGAAGAAGUCUCUGCGGCUCCAUGGUAACCACAGAAGUGCAGAACUUCUGGCAAUAUUAAACAGAAGCUGAACUUUUUUGGCUUCACGUAUCACUGAGUCACUUUUACAGGAUUGAGCACAGCCCGGAAUCCACUGCAAUAUCCUAGUCUCUUUAUACAUCCAUUGAUUCAUGGGAAUAAUCAAUUUGAUCUUUCUUUCUUUAAUGAGUCCAACUCUUCAGUUUCAUCAACAUAAAUACAUGUUAGAUUGCUACGAGACCAUCCUGUUAAUACAUAUGUGUGCAUCCCUUUGUGUGCAGAAAGUGCCAGAGCAAACACGGUUAAAAGGUUGUUUUUGAAAGGCUAAACACCAACAGAUGUAGAAUGAAGCAGAAUAUAUUUUUAGACAACCACACUUUCGGAAUUUCGGAAAUGAUUACAUCACUCUUUUUAAAAUACAUCUUGACUUUUGGACUUAACAAGACUCUGGUGUUAUUGGAAAUGUUUGGAUCACACGUGUCAGAGACAAUCCUACGCAACAGUCUAAUCGUACAAAUAGUUUAUAUAAUAAUACUAUUUAUGCAUUUAGUUGUUUAAACAGAUUACGAAAACAUGCUAAAAAAAAUAAAAAGCUUACAAUAAUGUUUCGAUGCUUCUUACUGUUAGGUACAGCCCUAGUCCUAACCUGUGUCAUGAGUAUAUUAUAAUAAAUUAUUAUUAUUAUCAGUUAAAGAUGCAGUGGUCACUAAAAUAGUACAGUGUUGUGCUUGAGCACUUAGAUUAGUUAAGUUACAUUAUGUUACUUGAGGUUAUAAAUCUUUGUUCUCUGCUCUGUUCCCACGUCCUUCCUCAUAUCCACUGUAAAAAAAAAAUUCUGUAAAGUCUAAUGAGAUUUAAAUUAGUGUAAUGUACAGUAUGUCUGCAAUCAUGACUAUAGGAAUAUCCAGUCACUCGUUCUGCUUUGCUCUCUCCUCUCUUGCUUUGUAUAGCCUGUAUAGUUGUAAAUAUUUUCAUGAUAAAGAUCAAUGCAAUUUGCUUUUGGCUUCCUCUGAUAGGGCUGAUCAGCUUCUCCACAAUCUUUGCUAGAGGUAAUUUAUACACACUGUGUUAACUUA